AUGGAGGUCCAUUGGCGUGAUGCUCGGAGCGCACAGAGGAUGGACUCGGCCCGUGGUCGAAGUAUCUGCAGGCAUUUCAUGAAUGGCUCAUGCCGAUUUGGUCAAAGAUGUAUUUACCAACAUGAAUUGCCACAACAAAGAAUAUGUUGGUACUUUCAGAAAGGUGGAUGCUGGUAUGGAGAACAAUGCUGGUAUCGCCAUGUCCUUCAACCUGACUUUGAUGCAGCUAUUGCUGGAAGAAGAGGUUCAGUGCCUAUGGUUUCCGUCAGAGUGGCUUACGCUCCACCGGAAAGAAGAGGGUCCGAGCCUGCCCUUCUGCAGGCCGAGCUGCUGACCAGGCAGGAAUGCAAUGGAUCACAGUCGGUGGUUAAUGAAUUAAAUUCUCAUCAUGGCAUUUGGCUCCUGGCAGCAAAUAUUGCUGAGGAACAAUCGCAAGAUGCAGACACUCCUCUCACUGCUUCUUGGGAAUCAGUCCAGAGCUCAGAAGUUGCUCAAGCAUCUGAUGGAAGAAAUGAGAAGGAGACUUUCAAUGAAACGAUAGAGGAUGGUGCAGCUGCUGCAGCCUUCAGUCCCCGUGAGCAUAUAGAGGAAACGGAGGCCUUCCUCCAGAGUGAAAAUGUGACCUGUGGCAUCUGCAUGGACAAGGUGUACGACGCGAAGGAUUCAAGAAGCAAUCUUUUUGGACUCUUGCCCAACUGCAAUCACUCCUUCUGUUUACAAUGCAUCAUGACCUGGAGGAAAACAAAAGACCUCGGGGCAGAUGUUGUCAAGAGCUGCCCACAGUGUCGAGUGAGGUCUGCCUUUUACGUGCCAAACAAACUCUGGGUUGAAGGAAGAGCAAAGGAAAUCGUAAUUGCUGCCUUCAAAGAGAAAUUUAGUAUGAAAAUAUGCAAUUACUACAGCCGAGGCCUGCGCUGUCCCUUCCAUGCGGAAUGCCUUUAUCGGCAUGACAAACCUGCCUGUCGCGGGUUAUUUCCCAGAGAGAGAGACUGACCAACAUGUGA